AUGGUUGACGCCGCAACACACAUCCGAGCCGAGCUUGCGCGCUAUAGCUUUGAGGACCUAAGUCGGCUCUAUCCAUACGAGAAGAAAUGGCAAAUGCGCCAGCCUUGGCUGCUCGAGUUAGGCUACUCAUUGAGACCACGUUUCCGAGUAGGCUGGGUACCGACUUGGCAGAAGUUCGAAUGGCUCCCGAAAUGGGUCAAAUAUGGUCUUUUGAGCCCCUACACGCGAGAAGAUAGCUUGGCCCUGGAGUACGGGAGUUUGAUUAUGGACGCCACUCGUCUGAGCGACGGGGCCUACGUCAUCAUGAAAGCAGUCGACAAUAGUCGGUAUCCAAACGAGGUCGCAAUUACGACCUAUCUGUCUUCGGCCGGGCUCGCCCGGGAUCCUCGCAACCACUGCGUCCCCGUCUUAGACAGUUUCGACGCACCUGAUGACCCCACCCGCACAAUUAUAGUGCUUCCUCUACUUCGAAGAUUCGACGACCCUCCGUUUGAAACUGUGGGCGAAGCCGUAGACUGCAUAAGGCAGCUUCUUGAAGGUCUUCAAUUCAUGCAUGAACAAUACAUCGCUCAUAGGGAUUGUACUUGGCUAAACAUAAUGAUGGACGCUUCACCCUUGUACCCCGCACCCUUCCACCCGGCCCAGCCCGAUCGACGUCGCGAUUGGAAGGGGCCAGCUAAGCACUAUUCGCGCGCCGAUCGCCCUGUAAAAUACUACUUUAUUGACUACGGCCUAUCCAAACGUUACGAGGCUGGUUUAAUGGGCUCCCAUCGGGAUCUUCCCGUUACCGCAGGCGACAAGACCGUGCCCGAGCAUCAGGGGCCACUCAUAAAUGUCCCUACUGAUCCCUUCGCAACCGAUGUCUACCUUCUCGGGAACGUUAUCAACGACAAGCUCAUCAAGGUGCAUACUCCUGUCAAUGAUCCGCGGUCAUGA